AUGGAGCUGGAGAAAUCAGUGCUGAUCAAGGCCCAGGAGCUGCAGGCCGACCUAGACUGCAUCCCACACCCCAAGAAGUUCUUGAGGCUGUUCGCGAAACUCCUGAUGCUGCCCAUCUCGCCAGACAUCCUGAGGCAGACAAGUCUCUGCAGAAGCGUGAGGCGCCUACUAAGGUAUGAACAGCUGGGAUGUAUAGCCAGAGAUCUGACCACAUACUGGCAGAUAAUCAUGGAAAAGCAGAAAAUCCAAGAAUCUGAAGCCAGGGCAUCAGCCAGGAGCCAGGCCCCAAAGGGCCCCCAGGAGGCAGAUCACAACCAGGACCCUCAAGGACACCGAGAAGCACCAGAGGGCCAAGCCUCCACCAACCCAGAGCUUAGCCUUCCUCUGCACAGACACAAGAGGCACAGGGGCUGCUCCAAGCACCGGAGCCCCCAGACUCUCUCCUCUGAACAAAGUCAUGAGGCCUUAGCCCACAGCCAGGGCCAGCCCUGCACCAUGACUGCCUGCCUAAAGGCCUGUAAGCCUCAGCAUGAACAGUCUGCACAGGACUCCCAAGCAAAGCCCCAGUCUAGACCAGACCCCUGGCAGACCUCUCAGGAGACCCCAAGCCUCAGCCAACAGCCAACUGAGGAGGAGGCAUGGGAGCUACCAGCCAUGUCCUUUGAAGCUUACCUCCAAUAUGACCAGCCCAAUUCUGUUGGGCCAGGCCACCACUACGAUCUCCACCUGUGGGAAUGUUCUUCUCAGCUGGAGCAAGACUCUGAGUGCCCUUUCUCUAGAAGGUAUUCUAAGACACCUGUCUUUGCGGGAUCCCUGCAGAACUCUCUCCCUAGAGGUAAGAACAGGCACCAGCAGGGCGUGUGGGGUCAGCACAAGGAAAAGGCCCUCUCCCAGCCUUCAAGAAUGCCCCAGCCCCUCCUGAAACCCAGUGAGGACAUGUGCCCUCCUCUUCAGUCUGAGCAACUGCAGAAAACCCACCAGAGACUCAAGGGAGAGACAAAAACAGAUGGGAACCAAGAGUGCACUCGUCUCCUGAAACAAAAAAGCCAGCCACAGCACACACCCCAGAAGACAAGGUCCCUGCCGCUUCAGGAGGCCCAAGGCAGAAGGUCAGGAGGACAAGCAGCCAGAGACCCAGGCCCAAGGCUGGGUCUCCACACUCAGCCCCAAGGCUCAGCCACUGACCGUUCCCGUCCUGGAGCUCAGAGGCCUCCUCAGACCCUGAACAAGCCCCGGGAGCAGAGAGGUGCAUCCAGCUCAGAGCAAGGCAUCAGCCCAUCAGCCCCAGAGGACCUGAGGAGCAGCCAGGCAGCCUGGGACAUCCACCCUGGUCUCCCAGAAGAACCCACGUGUGAGAGGCCACUCUCCAACCUCCUGAGCAGCACCAAGAUCUUCAACACCAACCAGAAACCAGCCAAGAAAACUGGCCCAUUGAUGGCCAAGUCCAGGAAAGAUUUCCAGAAAAUGCUGCAGAGAUGA